UCGGGGCUUCCUGGUUGAGUGGACACGUGGUUCCGUGUCUGCCUAGCUGCUGCUGCCUGUCUGUCAAUGUGCAGCGAUUUCCAGCCCGACUCUUUCCGUUUUAUCCUCCCGUUGAGUACGUCCACGCCGCGGCGUCCCUCCCGCUCCUGCUCCUCCUCAUCCUCUUCUUACCUCCACCUCGGCAUCCUCUCUGCCCUGGAGCCGCAGACAGACAGCGAGGCCAAGCCGUGGUCACUUGCAUUCAGCGUCUGGAGAGAAAGUGUGCGUGCUUGAGCUUGAGAGUGGUGCCUCCGCCGCCACCGGUCUGUGCGUCUUCUCGUCCCCGCCAUCCCGCCUCGUUGUUUGGGUCAUGACGCUAGAAGCCAUCCGCUAUAAGGCCGGCUCUUUGCAGGUCCUCAACCAGCUUCUCCUGCCCCACCAGACCGUGUACGAUGAGAUCCGCUCUGUCCAGGACGCGUACGAGGCCAUCAAGUCUAUGAAGGUACGGGGUGCUCCUGCCAUAGCCAUUGUGGGGUGCCUGAGUUUGGCUGUGGAGCUGCGGGCAGGUGCCGGGGGCGAUGACCCCGUGACCUUCAUCAGAGAGUCCCUGUGCCACCUGACCUCUGCCCGUCCCACAGCCGUCAACAUGGGUCGAGCUGCCAGAGAGCUCAUGGAGUUUGCCGAAAAUGAGAGCAUGGAGAAGAACUCUGAGCAGCUCAGAGAGAGUGUAAUUGCCUGGAUCGAAGACAUGCUGGAGCGUGAUGUGAAUGAUAACAGGAAAAUUGGGAACUAUGGUGCCCAGCACAUCCUGUCCGGUGUCCCAAGGGACUCUGUGACCAUCCUCACACACUGUAACACUGGCUCCCUAGCUACAGCGGGAUACGGCACUGCACUAGGUGUGGUGAGGAGUCUGCACACGCUGGGCCGGCUGAAGCGCAUGUACUGCACAGAGACACGGCCGUACAACCAGGGCUCCAGGCUCACGGCAUACGAGGCUGUGGCAGAGGGUAUCCCCGCCACUCUCAUUACAGACAGUAUGGCUGCUCUCACCAUGAGGGAAAUGGACAUCACAGCGGUGGUUGUGGGAGCAGACAGAGUUGUGGCCAAUGGGGAUACAGCAAACAAAGUGGGCACAUAUCAACUGGCCAUUGCUGCCAAGCAUCAUGGCAUCCCCUUCUAUGUGGCAGCACCAAGCACAUCAUGUGAUCUCAGCCUGGAGAGUGGCAGGGACAUUAUCAUUGAAGUGCGCCCCCCAGAGGAACUCACCAGUAUAAACGGAGUCCCCAUCGCUGCCCCAGGUAUUGAAGUAUGGAACCCGGCCUUCGACGUGACUCCACAUCAGCUCAUCACAGGAGGCAUCAUCACAGAGCUGGGGGUGUUUCUGCCAUCAGAGCUCCAGGCGGCGCUCACGGGACGACUCACUGCCCUCUAGACCCCUCUCCCUUCCCUCCCUCUCUUUCCCCCUCAGAUCCCUGUCUAACUGUCCCACUUACCCCUCUGCACCUCAACAUGUCAGACGCUCACAUUUUAUACCCCAGACACUGUUACACAUCCUGAUUAUUUUAGUAAAUGUAUAGUUCUUGUUAUUAAUGAGUAGUGCAUACAAUCAACCACCCCAAACUGCACAUAAACAUACUACUCUAAGUAGUAAGCAUGACCAAUUUGUCUGUUUCUUAACCCAUUUACAUUGCAAUCAUCUAUGUUCUUCCUUUCUAAAAUGGCUUCUGAAACUAUUAGUUGACCCAAACAAACUUGACCGAUAACAAGAUAAAUUGGAGGCAAAUAUUCAGGGCAUACAUUGACAAAAUAUUUCUAAACACUGCUUACAUUUUCUAACUUAAAGUAGUGCUUUUAAUCACUAGUUUCCAAAUGAAAGCUGCUACCCACCUGUAAAUAACCAUGACUGGUAGUGUACAUAUGUAGAGAUACUAAAUCCUGCUACUAGAAGACAUUGCUAAAUUAACCAAAUGUGUGGUUAUUUAAAUUUGAUAUCAGAUAUGUUAUAUUAACAUUCAACAUCUUGUUUUCUUGUAGAAUGUUUUGUAGAUGCCCUAAUGUAUAGUUUGUAGUUUCAGAAACAACUUUAAUUGGUUUUCCUCCAAAUGGGCGCAUUUCACAUGUUAAACAGCGUCACAGUCGACUGAAGCCUUUUAACAAACCUAAUUACGUUAAUACCUCACUUCAUGUGUGUCUCUUAACUGUGCAUCACAUAUAUUGUGUAUUUAUAUAAUCUGUAUACAGCUCCAUAUACACUAUAUGUAACCACACAUAUCAUAUCGCAAACUGCACAGGAUGCUUCUUAUUUAUUUUUAACUGAUAAAAGUGUACCAUAAUUAAAUGAUGAUUAAAAAAUUGAAUGUUUACAUUUUCUUUAAAAAAAAAAUAGAAAGGCAAAAUGUGAAUAAUUGAAAUUUAAUUUGUUUCCUUGUAUUAAUAAUUAGUUACACUAUUGCUCAAUGGGUGAUCAGUAAAUGUAAAAAAACAACAACAAAAAAACAAACAAAAAAACAGUCCCUCCAUACUACUACAUAGUUUGCAUUUGCAUCAUAAUUUGACAAACAGUAGAAUUAAAACAUAUCACAUCCUAACCUGUAUAUAUACACCCAGCCUUGUGAGCAGCAUAAUUGUUCACUGGCUUGUUGAUUCUCUAAAUAUACAAUCCUUGGUUUAUCCUGGCUUUGGACUGGCACAAAUUGAACUCUGUCCCUGUUUCUUUAUUCAGUCUCGAAUGUAAAACUGCUAGUACCUCAGAAAGGCUCCAACUUCUUGCCUUCAUUUUUCACAAAGAAUGUUAAAUUUCUCAAAUGCUGAAUCAAGACACAAAUACACCCAUCACAUUCUUGCUUUUAUAAAUAACUUACAUGUUAACAAUGUACUUUGAUAAAUCUAAUUUGCUAAAUUUGAAAAAUUGACAAUAUUUUUUCUGUAAUAUUCACGUAUGUAUGGUUCAUUUUUGUUUAUGACCACAGAGAAAACCUAAAAAAUGUUCUUUGUUAAAAUCAUAAAACACUAUUCUUUUCCACUUAAAUCAUCACUGCACCCUCCGCCCAUAUGUCCACAUUUCCUCUGUUGAACCUUCACUCCUGAUGGUGCUGUUAGAUCAUGUACUUAAAAGACACUUGUGUAUUUAUAUUCUUUUUGUAUCUAUAAGAUCAUCAAUUGAAAAAAAUUACAUUAUUCCAGACAUAUGUAGCAAUUGUGGUUGUCACCAACAUUUUUUGGUAAACAAAGUCUAAGAAUAUAAUAGUUUAGCCGUGCUUUGUUAUUUUUUAUUUCCUAGUGACUAGCUCAUGAGUACACUACACUGGGGAGGCCUCCUCACCAUACGCACUACCUCUCAGACAAAGGCAAGAAAACAAGCACUGAACUGUGAUAGGCAGGACUGAGCAGUCUAGUCUAAAUGGUAUUGAUUUCCUUUCCUGUUGAUGGGCGAAAGUAUAGUCUUAUUUUAAUAAAAUGUCAUUUAAAAUGCAACAGUUGUCGCCAAGUUUAAACUUCAGGCUGUUGGAAACAAAACAAAAUGCUGCCAAUACGUUUAAUCUGGUGCCAAAUUUAAUUGCUGCUAUGUCUGGAUGUGCAAGUGUGUAGCCUGCCAAUGCUGUGGAAGGAGUGUUGUUCAGAUGGCCUCUUACAGUACAAGAUUAUUGUUAAUAUUCACUUGGGUUUAUUUUGUAACCAGUGAAAAUAUUUAACAGGAUUUUCUAAAAAAUGUGUAUAUGGAUAUAUACUGUAAAGUGUAGUCAUUAAGAGAUUUCUCUUUCACAAAAAAAAUAAAUAAAC